AUGUCAUCCGAGACUCCACGGAGCACGGUCGAGAGAUCACACAGUGAAGACUCGCUCGGAAAUUCGAGGGUUUUGUGCAUAUUGGCGAAUCCGGGGCCGAAGGGCAGUCGAAGCUCCUCUCUUCAUCGCGAUUGCGUCUGCUUUAGCCGUAGGCAAGAAGCUGGAGGAGAUCCAAGGCGAGGGCGAGGCGAUGGCCUCAUAUGGACGCUCGUGCAAUGUCGACUGGCCGCAACGAUCGGAUCACGCAACUGGAUGUGA